CUCUCUAUCCUUCUUGCUCACUCGGUUCCCCCUCUCUUUCUUUAGUUGCAAAAAAAUGCUCUGCAGCUGGGCAGCACCUCAAUGAAUGAAUUGGUGCACUGUGAGCGACCAUCAUCUAUCCGCUGGAUUUUCUUUUGCGCCCGGCUUUCAAUCCAGAACAUAUGAAUUUUCUUAGGCAGAGCCUUUUAAGGAGUUGAACAGACAGGUCGGAGAAAAUGGCACAGCGCGUGGUUUUCUUUCUGCUGUGGCUCUUUGACCGCUCAUUCGCUGGAUUUCCCAAUCAGAUCAAUAUCGGGGGACUGUUCAUGCGUUCCACGGUGCAGGAGCACAGCGCGUUCAGGUUCGCUGUCCAACUCUACAACACCAACCAGAACACCACGGAAAAGCCUUUCCACCUCAACUACAAUGUCGACAACCUCGAGUCGUCCAACAGCUUCUCGGUCACCCAUGCCUUUUGCUCUCAGUUCUCCCGCGGGGUGUACGCCAUCUUCGGAUUCUACGACAAGAAGUCCAUGAACACCUUGACCUCGUUCUGCGGCGCUUUGCACACCUCCUUUGUCACACCCAGUUACCCCACCGAUAAUGAGGUGCAGUUUGUCAUCCAGAUGCGACCUGCCCUCCGGGGUGCUGUCCUCAGCCUCCUCUCUCACUACAAAUGGCAGAAGUUCGUCUACCUCUACGACACCGACCGAGGUUUCUCCAUACUGCAGGCCAUCAUGGAGGCAGCAGUCGCUAACAACUGGCAGGUGACCGCUCGCUCUGUUAGCAGCACAACGGACGCAGCCGAGUUCAAGCGCAUCAUUGAGGAGAUGGACAGGAGGCAGGAGAAGCGCUAUGUGAUUGACUGCGAGGUGGAUAGGAUCAACACUAUAUUAGAGCAGGUUGUAACCCUGGGGAAGAACAGCCGUGGUUACCACUACAUUCUGGCCAAUCUUGGAUUUUCUAAUGUGAGCCUGGACAAAGUCUUCGCCGGUGGAGCCAACAUUUCAGGGUUUCAGAUAGUCAACCCUGAGAACCCGAUUGUGCAGCAGUUUAUUCAGCGCUGGGAGCGGCUAGAUGAAAGAGAAUUCCCAGAGGCCCGAAACGCCCCUCUGAAGUACACUUCAGCUUUGACCCACGAUGCAAUCCUGGUGAUAGCAGAGGCCUUCAGGUACCUGCGGCGCCAACGUGUGGAUGUCUCUCGUCGAGGCAGCGCCGGAGACUGCCUAGCCAAUCCCGCUGUACCUUGGAGCCAAGGCAUAGACAUCGAGAGAGCUCUCAAAACGGUCCAAGUACAGGGGAUGACUGGGAACAUCCAGUUUGACAACUAUGGCCGCAGGACCAAUUACACCAUAGAUGUUUACGAAAUGAAAACAGGUGGGCCGAGGAAGAUCGGAUACUGGAAUGAGUACUCGCGGUUUGUAAAUAUUAUGGAUCUGCAGGUCUCCAACGACUCCUCAGUGGAAAACCGAACGAUUGUGGUCACUACUAUUAUGGAAGCUCCUUAUGUGAUGUACAAGAAAAAUUAUAUGCAUCUGGAGGGGAAUGACAGAUAUGAAGGCUACUGCGUCGAUUUAGCAUCUGAGAUUGCCAAACAUGUUGGAAUUAAGUACAAACUGUCUAUAGUAAUGGAUGGAAAGUACGGAGCCCGAGACCCUGAGACCAAGACGUGGAACGGGAUGGUGGGUGAACUGGUCUAUGGGAGAGCAGAUAUAGCCAUUGCACCUCUCACCAUUACACUGGUGCGAGAAGAGGUGAUAGACUUUUCCAAGCCAUUUAUGAGCUUGGGCAUCUCCAUUAUGAUAAAGAAGCCGCAAAAGUCCAAGCCCGGUGUUUUUUCCUUCCUGGACCCUCUGGCCUAUGAAAUCUGGAUGUGUAUAGUGUUUGCCUAUAUCGGGGUGAGCGUGGUCCUGUUCCUGGUCAGUCGGUUUAGUCCUUAUGAGUGGAACCUCGAGGAACAGGAUGAGACCAAAGACCCUCAGACUCCCCCCGAUCCUCCCAAUGACUUUGGCAUCUUCAAUUCUCUCUGGUUCUCGCUGGGCGCCUUCAUGCAGCAGGGCUGUGACAUCUCCCCCAGGUCUCUGUCAGGCCGAAUUGUUGGCGGUGUGUGGUGGUUCUUCACCCUCAUCAUCAUCUCCUCCUACACAGCCAACCUGGCUGCCUUCUUGACAGUUGAAAGAAUGGUCUCUCCUAUAGAAAGUGCCGAAGAUCUGGCAAAGCAGACAGAGAUAGCAUAUGGCACUUUGGACUCAGGCUCCACUAAAGAGUUCUUUAGGCGAUCCAAAAUAGCAGUUUACGAGAAGAUGUGGUCGUACAUGAAAUCCGCUGAGCCCUCUGUGUUUGUUAAGACCACACCCGAUGGCGUAGCCCGGGUACGAAAGUCGAAGGGCAAGUUCGCCUUUCUCCUCGAGUCCACCAUGAACGAGUACAUCGAGCAGCGGAAGCCGUGCGACACCAUGAAAGUCGGCGGGAACCUCGACUCGAAAGGCUACGGUGUGGCGACGCCCAAAGGCUCAGCAUUAAGAACUCCUGUAAACCUUGCAGUAUUGAAACUCAGUGAACAAGGCAUCUUAGACAAGCUGAAAAACAAAUGGUGGUACGAUAAGGGUGAAUGUGGAACCAAGGACUCUGGAAGUAAGGACAAGACAAGUGCUCUCAGCCUAAGCAAUGUGGCUGGUGUCUUCUAUAUUCUGGUCGGAGGGCUGGGGCUGGCCAUGAUGGUGGCACUGAUAGAGUUCUGUUAUAAAUCACGACAAGAAACCAAACGGCUGAAAAUGGCCAAGAAUGCCCAGAAUUUUAAGCCGGCUCCCCCGACCAACACCCAGAACUUUGCCACAUACAGAGAAGGCUACAACGUAUACGGAACCGAGAGCGUUAAGAUCUAGAGGUUUAGGAAACAUUUCCAUUUUCCCUUACAACUGUGACUAUAUCUAAGAAAGGCACAGGAUCACGAGGAUUGCCAGAUCCUCCUGGGCGGACACGGCACGAUAAUCUGCAAUGACGACACGACUGGACUGGUCAUGGGACGAGCCUGCGUGGUUCCCUCCUAUCAGUGCCUUAUGGAACUCCAAGUCCAAUCAAUGCAACUCAUUGAUAAUAUUGCUUUUUGCUUGAAACGCAUACAAAACAGAGGACUGGUGCAGUAAUAUAUCUAUAUAUAUAUAUUUAUAUAUAUAGAUAUAUAUGACGUGACAUGAAUGAGAGAACAAAAGCCAUCAUUUGCAACCCUAAGCACAUUUUGAAGUGCCAGAAAGACGACAAAUCUCACAUGACAAGUGUAUAAUUGGUUUCUUGUAUUUAAUGCGAUCAGAUUACUCUUCAUUCUUCUGCUGCCAGAUUUUCACUGGUUCUGUGUGUUCAGAUUAUUUUAUUAGAUCCACACAGUGCACUGUUACACACUGGUUACAAUGACAUAGCUUUUAUACUGCUCUAAGUCACUUCUAGUGACCAUGUACUAGUUUUAAAAGAUUUAUCUUAUUAGAGUGAAAUGCUAUUUCAGUCCAAAACAAUGACGUGUGUCGUUUGUACUCUUAACUCUGGUGCUGCUGCCACUGUCUUCUGAAAGUUUGACGGGACCCACGGAGAUGAGAAGAUGACCUGGUUCGGCUUUCACGCGCUACGGGACCAGAUCAUAAUUCACACUUCCGAUACUGCCAAGAGUGUGUUUUGUAUGACGAGUGUGUAAAGCAAAGUAUUUAUGCCUGGGGAAAGAGAAAUCUGUUUGUGAUUUACAGUUUGUAAAAUAUCAAAGGGGCACUGACUCACUAAGGUUUGUCGCUCCGAACAGUGUUUUUUCCUGAGUCAUUCAAGUCUUCUGUACAUCAAAGUAAUACCAAACAAAAAAGGGUAAUUCAAUUGUAGAUUAACUGCAGUCCAAUUAAAGGAUAACAGUAAUGGCUUUUAAACUGUAGUAUUUUGGAUUACCUUACCAUUUUCGUUAACAACUGCACAUUUUACAAUGAGCUGUGGUUCGCUUUUUGAUUUGAUUUCCUUUAAUGAGCAUUACAGUGUUUAGUGACUUCACUUAGUAAAUGAAAAUUACAAAAAAAAAAAAUUAUGAAUAAAAUGGAAAAUAGAUUUCUACAAGGUUAAACCAGGGAGAGUCCUGGAGCUUAGCACAUUUACAUAUUGCUGUAAGAAUUUCUUUUCUUUCAAAAAGACUGUGAUUCCAUAGGAUUUAGGGAGACACUUAUCAAAUCACCUGAAACUAUGGGCAGAUAGUUUUAUAUAUAUAAAUAUAUAUAAAUAUUUAAAAAACUGACAAUGUGAAAAAAAGAAAGAGCAAACAGAGAAAGAUGUGUACAUUUAGAUAAACGAGAACUAUUUAUAUGACACAAUUGAAUAUUGAUUUCCCCUUUUUUCCUCCUUGUUUGUUGUUUUUUUGUUUUAUUUUAUAAGAAAUUGCAUGUGAAAUCAAUGAUGCUUGACGAGCUCUGCUACUCACAAAGCCACCUUAGGUUUAAUGCUAGAAAGCCAGCCCUAGUAAUUCUUUUAGUAGAAUCACUUUCACCGUUUUUGUUUUCUAUUUUUUCUCUUUUCUUUUUUUUUUGUACGUCUCACCUUCUGCAAAAAGAAAACAUAAUAUCGCCAGGCGUAGUAGUGGGUACAAAAGAGCAAAAGAUGCAUGCAUAAUUUGCUGAACCUCAUUAGUGAGGCGCUGUAUAGAGAAUUUUAAUACAUUUUGUAAAUAAAAAUGUACAGAAACGG